CAAGGAUUCAAGGCUCGACGCGAUCGUGGCAGAGGGGGAAAAAGACGCGCGAUCGGAAAAGACCACGUGUUCGCCCCAAGGGAACCUCCGAAGGGAUUCCCUUUGUUCCCCUUGUUUACCUCAUCCAAGGUGUGCUUCUGAGCCAGGAUGCAUCAUGGCCAACAACACUUCGUUUGCCUACUACUAUGGACAACUACGACUACGAACACGACGACGAUUUUAUCGAUGAUGACCUGCCUCCGCUAGUCGAGUCUACAUCGUCCUCGUACAUCCCCCGGCCUCCGAAUGCAUUUAUUCUCUUCCGAUCGGCGUUCAUCCGAUCUCAGCGCAUCUCGGGGCGCGUCGAGGGUAACCACUCAACUCUGAGCAAGAUCAUCGGCAUGUACUGGCGCGCUCUGACGAAUGAAGAGAAGCAAGAAUGGGAGGCCAAGGCCAAGGUCGCGUUGGAGGAGCACCGGAGGCGAUACCCGGACUGGAGGUUCCGGCCGGGAGUGAAUGGUGGUCGGGGACGUGGCCGUGGCGGGAGGGGGAGACGAGGGCGAGGACGUGGCGGCGAGGGCGACGGGCGGGGUCGGGAGAAACGAGGAGGGGAUCCCGAGCGGAACGGGAAGAUUCUCGACUUGCUUGUCGAGGGGAGGCCAAGAGAGGAUCUGGAGAGGGCGGUGCAAGAGUGGGACAGAGAGCGGGGCAGGGCGGGAAAGCGCAGCCGCUCGGUACCUUCCGAGAAACGACCCGGCAAGGCGGCGAAUCAUGCGCGUACCCAGUCUUCGUCGACCGGAUACCAGGCUCUGGAUUUCGCAGCACCAGCUCCCGUCGCACCUCCCCAAGGCGACGUGAUUCAGUCCAGGCAGGGCGUGUAUUCGUUCACACUCGAUCCAUCAGUCUACAGUCCUACCGAAGACGCCCAGUCGCCAUGGCACACGAACCCGUAUCAGUCUUCUUACACGAACCCCGGAUCUACGCAUAUAUCCAGUUUUAGCACGCUCAGCGGGUGGGCGGGCGACUCUGACAUGCAGAGUCCAACCACCAGCGCCUUUGGAACCACCAACGUAGAGCAGCCCCGUGAAUACAGCGAGAUGCAGACGUACGACAACUUUGCCGACGCGUCAUACAAUUCAUGGCACGAGGAGCGUCACUAUUCUUUUGAUAGCAACGAGCUGCACAAUCCCUUUUCCUACGCAUCUGAAUUCAAUCAGUAUCAGAUCCCUGGGCCAAGCUCUCCUGGACCUCCCUCGUCUGUCCCUUCCCCAACUUCGCCCUUUCAGGUCGGCAGCGCAAGCACUUUUAGCGACUUGCGCUUCAUCGAUGAAGGAUUCCGCUUCUCCUCUUCUCCCCCUCAGGAAAUGGAAGGAGAACCGCUGCAAGUUGUGCCAUUCCAGCCUGUGCAGGUCAUCGAUCGGAAGGGUAAGGGCAAGGCAUACGAAGAGGAAGAUGAAAGCGUCACGGAGGGGUACGUGAACUGGAAUUGAAAAAAAAGAGUCAACCCGUCUCUCUUGGGUUGCAUAAUCUCUUGCAUGCAAGAGGAAUAUUCUCGUGCUUUGAGCACUAUUCGUUGUUGGUUCCCCUUUGCAAUUGGGGUUGUAUUAUCUAUCACUUCUUUGUUGUCGUUUCGAUUUUCUCACUUUGUCUUCGCUUUUCGUUUUGGCAGUCUUCUCCCUGCCAUUUUUGUUUUAUCUAGAAUUGAAUUGAAUGUGGCUCGCCGUCGGCCACAAAACUUGGUGCAAUGAUGCGAG